AUAUAGAGAAUAUAACAAAACAAAAGAACGGGAAAAGAAUUUUUCACUUACAACAAUCUGGCGAGGAGUACGUGGCGGUGUGCAUUUUAAUAAAUAAUAUAUAAUUUAGGAAAAUGAUUAGAAAGUAUUAAAUAAUUAAAGAAUUCCAUCAGAAAAGUAUUAAGAAAAACUGCUGACAAAUUUCUUUAAAAUGUUUUUCCUUGAAGCUUUGCAGCUAAUUAGUUUCAUUGGUGGAUUGCUAUUGGCGGCUUUGCUGCUUCUGUUAUAUUAUGUACAAAAAUCAGUCACAACUGCACUGCCUAUGAUUAAGCGGAAUAAAUUGGAAAAAUACUAUUUUAAUCCUAAUACAAAGCUCGAUGAGGCAUUUCCGAGUAUAGAUGACGAGCCUAGUGUUGACUUAAGUGUCAUCAUACCGGCAUAUGAGGAAGAAAAACGAUUACCUUCAAUGCUGACAGAAUCGGUUUGUUUUCUUGAAGAACGUAUCAAAGAUGGAAAAUUUACAUACGAAAUAAUACUUGUGAGCGAUGGGAGUAGAGAUGGCACAGCUAAGAUUGGACACGAGUACAGUAAAAAACUUACCACGGAAAAGUUUCGCGUUCUCAAUUUAUUAGAAAAUCGAGGAAAAGGUGGAGCUGUACGAUUAGGUAUGUUAAGCGCGCGGGGACGUAAUUUACUGUUUGCGGAUGCCGAUGGUGCCACAAAAUUUUCAGAUUUGGAAAAACUAGAAUAUGGUAUGAAAGCUUUUACUGCUGAUUGGCGAAAAGAUGGUUUGGUGGUAGGUUCGCGUGCGCAUUUAGAAAGUGAAGCUGUUGCAUCCAGAAGCUUAUUUCGCACAUUCCUAAUGCAUGGCUUCCAUUUGCUGGUUUGGGUAUUUACAGUACGUUCUGUACGUGAUACACAAUGUGGAUUUAAACUAUUUACACGAUCGACAGCUAGAAAAUUAUUUCAUAUAAUGCACGUGGAGCGAUGGGCGUUUGAUGUGGAGCUGUUGUAUCUUGCUGAACGUCUACGACUACCUAUAUCUGAAAUAUCUGUAAAUUGGAAAGAAAUUGAUGGUUCAAAAUUAACGCCAUUCUGGUCCUGGUUGCAGAUGGGCAUUGAUCUGUUGCUGAUAUGGUUCCGUUAUACAACAGACAUUUGGCAAAUACCAAACAAGCGUCAUGACAAUUAGAAGUCCUGUCUUGUCAAUAAUUUUUUAUGAUAUACAAAAAUGCAUUUACGCACAGCUGCAGUACAUGAAGUAUUUAACGUGAACAAAUAUGAUUAUUGCCCUCAGAGAGUAUAACUUGAAAUUAAUUAUAAUUUUGGAUGUAUAGCAUUAACAAGUUUCCCUACCGCUGCAGUUGGAAAUUCCAUUCGUUUUCUAUUGAUACAUUCAUUUUUUGUUUUGUUUUAAACACUAAUUUAAGGUACUCUGUUUUUAAGUCUACAACAGAUGCAGAUCCUAUUUAACCAUAGCUUUCAUUUAAUUUUAAAUUUUGUUUUAAUUUUUUAUUAUAAAAACUUAAGUUGUAAAAUUUUGAAAUUAUCUUUACUCGUUAAAUUUGUUAAGAACUUUGUUCGAAUGUGACUUUAAAAAUGUAAACUUAAAAAUUAAAUUUAUAUAUUAUAUAUGCAUAUUAUUAAAUAUUAUAUUAUAUAUUU